AUGGCCCGCAACAUCCGCUCGGUGGACGCCGCCGAGCACCAAAGCCCAUUCAGCCGGUCGUUCACCGCCAGCUCGCCCAUUGCCGCCUCAGCAAUUGCUCGAGAUCUAGCGGAAUACAGUGACGAGGAUCACUCGACUGAUGAAGUAUCCGAUUGCUCAACAGCGCGCCCGCCUGGCAGCUGGACCGGCACCAACCCCCACUCACUAGCAGGGUCAUAUCGGCGGCCGGGACACUUCACAUCCGUCAACCACGCGACCGUAAUCCCCAAUAACGGGGAACAGCAGCCCCUCUCCCAGAGCGAGCGCGAACAAGCAAUCGAAGAAGAGCGAGACCUCCUAAGCGACAACCAUGUAAUCCCGCCUGAACACGCACAUGGCAAGGCCCAAGGCCUCCAGCACAAGGUCAGCGGUCUGCUCUCCGCAGCAAUUGGCCAAGGCCGACGACCGAGUGCCGCGUCGCGACACUCCCAAGGCAGGGAUGCUGAAACAGGCCCGGUAGCAAACGAGACCACAGCUCUCCUGCAGGGAUCGACAGACAUGGAGGACGCCGAAAUGAACUUGGACGAGAUCGAUCGCAAAUGGGAGGAAGCGGUUGCUGCAGGCCUGAUCCAAACCACGUGGCAGCGCGAAGCAAAGGUCAUUGGCAAAUACUCGUUACCGCUGAUGGUCACAUUCUUGCUGCAGUAUUCCUUGACUGUAGCCAGUAUCUUUACCAUUGGUCAUUUGGGGAAAGAAGAGCUUGGUGCGGUCAGUUUGGCGAGUAUGACUGUCAGCAUUACGGGUAAUGCGGUUUACUCGGGCCUCGCGACGAGUUUGGAUACCCUGUGCGCUCAGGCGUAUGGCUCUGGCAAGAGGAAACUGGUAGGCUUGCAGAUGCUGCGCAUGGUGUUCUUCCUUUGGAUUAUUACCAUCCCCAUUGCGAUUCUUUGGUAUUUCUCAGAGCAUAUCCUUGCGAAGAUUGUUCCUGAGAAGGAGGUUGCUGCCAUGGCUGGUCUUUAUUUGAAGGUGGCUCUCUUGGGAACUCCUGGGUAUGCUUGCUUCGAGAGUGGUAAGCGAUACCUCCAGGCGCAGGGUGUGUUCUCUGCCUCGCUAUAUGUUCUGAUUGUGUGUGCGCCGCUAAAUGCUUUCAUGAACUGGUUCUUUGUCUGGAAACUUCAAUGGGGCUUCAUUGGCGCUCCAAUUGCCGUUGUUAUCACAGAGACCCUCCUUCCCAUCUGCUUGUUCACCUAUGUUUAUUUCAAUGUAGGAUCAGAGUGCUGGUGCGGCUUUACCACGCGCGCAUUCCAAAAUUGGGGCCCAAUGAUCCGACUCGCACUCCCGGGUCUGAUUAUGGUGGAGGCAGAGUGCCUCGCAUUUGAAAUUCUGACUCUAGCAUCCAGCUAUCUCGGAACAUCUGAACUGGCAGCCCAAUCCAUUCUUGCAACAAUCUCCAGUAUCACAUGGCAGAUUCCAUUCCCACUGUCUAUCGCGGGUAGCACGCGAGUAGCAAACCUGAUUGGAGCGACUCUGGUCGACGCAGCGAAAACCUCUGCAAAGGUCAGCUUCUAUGGAGCAGCCAUCGUUGGUAUUUUCAACAUGAUUCUCCUAUCAACCUUGCGAUCUUACAUCCCCAGGCUAUUUAGUUCAGAUCCCGAGGUAGUUGAUAUCGUCGCACAGGUCCUUCCCCUUUGCGCGGCGUUUCAGCUCUUCGAUGCCCUUGCAGCGAAUUGUAAUGGUAUCCUUCGUGGGUUGGGCCGUCAAGAAGUUGGCGGUUACGUUCAGCUCUUCCUUUACUAUGUGGUUGCCAUGCCGAUCAGUAUGGGAACGACUUUUGCUUUAGAUUGGGGCGUCAUGGGAUUAUGGACUGGCGUUGCCCUUGCUCUUGGGCUUGUCUCCAUUGUCGAGGGAAUCUUUAUCAGCCGCGCUAAUUGGAAUCGUUCUGUUGAGGAGGCUAUUCUGAGGAAUGAGCUGACUUGA